AUGACCAUGGGGCUAGGGACCUCCGGGGCGCCAUUGGAAGCGGAAGCUGCCCCCGUCGGCGUCAAUGGCGGCACAGCUCCCACUCCCAACACUACUCAAUCUCAAACUUCCACGCUUCCCACGUCGACCGCAUGCCCGCUAUCCCCAUCCGGUCCAUCUACUGAGGCUUCAGCAGUACCCCUCAAACUUGAUCUCCCUGAACCCCACGUCUUAAACUCGGCCUGUUCCCAGCCCAACAGGCCCUUCGCCACCAUCGCACAAAAUUCCGAUGACAAUGAGGACGAUCCCAUAUACAACGACCAAGACGGUGCUCAGUCCUUCAUCCAGCCGGCCAUUAGCGCAAGAGCGACUCAUCUGACCUCACCAAACACUCCGGCUGCUGAGAAGGCUGCUGCCAUGAACUAUCUUCCUAGUCUCUUCGACUUCGGGGAUGAUGGAGCCAGGGCCAAGUCUUCAGGAAACACCUCUGCUGACCCCAGCCCGCCCAUGAGCCCGAGGAAAUCACAGAGGCGUGGCCAUUUUCGCCAGUCUUCACACUCAGGGCUUCCGGAUCUUCCAUCACCAUGGCGGGCUGAGCCUAAGCAGAUGAUUGUCGGCCAGCCACAUGGCGCUAAGACAUCGUCCAUGUUCAACGUGUUUGGGAAUGAGGCAAGGUCCUCUCGUGCAGCUUCAGCUGGAGAGAAUGCCCUCAAGAAGUUGUCCAAGGCUCUUCCAUCCAUAUCGAUACCCACCCCAUCUUUCUUUUCAUCCGGUUCCGGCUCUUCUCACAAAGAUUCCAAUUGGCCGUCGAUCCCUCAUCUUCCAAAGUCAGCCACGAUAGCUGGCAUACGCUCUAACCGAGCCCAAACAGGGCCUUCCCUUACCACACCAGGAACAGAUACGAAUCAAGGUCCCGUCCGGUCAUCAUCUCUGAGAGCCUCAAGGCCUCCGACCCUUCGCCACUCUACUUCUGAUGAUUCACUCUUAUAUCAGUCCUUGACCCGGGUCUCUUCAUUGGGCGACGAUGAGCGCUUCGCCGAUGUUCGCGAGCAGGUCAACACCAGGAUAAAAGCCAUCAUCGACAGCUUCGAGCCGUCAUUCAAACUUCCUCAACUACCGAAGAGAGACAUUGUGGUUAUGGGAGGAUAUCGAGGCUCUAUUCUUCGGUCCGCCGAGCCCCCGUACCGGCAACUGUGGGUUCCAGUCAAGGUAGGCUUGAACAUCCGUAAAGUGAACAUGGAAGUUGGCCUGGAGCCCGAGGACGAGGAGAACAUGGAGAAGCACAUCUUUGCAUCGGGCAUGCUCCAGAAUAUCGGACCGGUGGAUAUUUCAAGGAAGCUCUUCAGAAAGCUGAGGGAGUGCGAGAACGCCCGCAACGGCAAACUCAGAGUCCAUGACUACGGCUACGACUGGCGACUAAGCCCUGCCCGACUCUCAAAACAACUAAACGAAUUCCUCGAAAAGCUUCCAUCCAACCAGCCUCACACGCCGCCUGAACAAAGAGGUGCCUGGGUCAUUGCGCACAGUCUCGGCGGUCUCAUCACCCGGCACGCCGUCAACCAGCGCCCGGAUCUCUAUGCAGGCGUCGUCUACGCCGGUGUCCCCCAGCGAUGCAUCAACAUCCUGGGCCCGUUACGUAACGGCGAUGCCGUUUUGUUGAACGAGAAGGUACUCACCGCACAGGUUAACUUUUCGCUCCGCACCACAUUUGUAUUCCUGCCCGAGGACGGCUUCUGCUUCAUCGACAAAAACACCAAAGAAGAGUACCCGGUAGACUUCUACAACGUAGACGACUGGAUCAAAUACCGUCUCUGCCCUUGCGUCGGCGAACCUGCCCUUCCACCUCUUCACCCAUCCAAAAGCACCGGCGCCCUCGGCAGUCUUCUGAAUCUUUCAGACUCCUUCUCCAACAUGAACCUCUCCAGCCUCCCUAUCCGCGGCCGCAGUAACAGCGGCAAGACCCGCGACGACAACAACAGCAACAGCAAACACACCAACACAGCCAGCAACUACCUUCACAACCACAACCCCUUCUCCUCCUCCUCCUCUUCCUCCUCGCCCGCAAAUAACGCCCUCCGCUACCUGACCCGCACCCUCGCCGAAACCAAACAGUUCCGCGCCGAGCUCGCCCACAACCCGCACCACCAGGCGCGAGACGCCUACCCCCCGCUUGCCGUGAUCUACGCCAAGGACAUCCCCACCGUGCACGCCGCGCGGGUUUCCUGCCGGGACGCCAUCGCGUGCACGGACGCGUACGACGACCUGGUUUUUGCCAGCGGCGAUGGCGUGGUGCUGGCGCGCGAGUCGAUGUUGCCCGAGGGGUAUGAGCUGGUGAGGGACGGGCGGGUGUGUACGGAUCGCGGACAUGUGAGUAUGUUGGGGGAUUUGGUGGCUGUGGGCAAGGCGUUGGAGGCGGUGGUAAGGGGACGGAGGAAGGGGAUUGGAAUGGGGUGGGUUGAUGGUGAUGGAGAAGAAGUGGUGGUGGAGGCUGGGGAGAGGGCGCUGGAGAAGGUGGAGGCGAGAAAGAAGAUGGAGGCGGAGAUAGAGGCGGUAAAGGCUGCAGGGAGGGCGGAGAUGGAGGCGGUAGCCAGGGCAGAGGCUGCUGCUGGGGCGUCGGGAGAGGAAAAUGGGAGUAGGACAGGGGCUAGUCUGCAAAGGAUGGAUCAUGUCACGGCGGUAGAACAAGGGAGUGGUUAG